UACUAAAAUGUCCACUAAAAUGAGUCACUUGACAACUUGUUUAGUGUUCUUCCUUCUUGCCUUUGUGACUUACACUUAUGCUUCCGGUGUAUUUGAGGUCCAUAACAACUGCCCCUACACCGUUUGGGCGGCGGCGGUCCCCGUAGGAGGUGGACGACGUCUCGAGAGAGGUCAGAGUUGGUGGUUUUGGGCCCCACCGGGCACUAAAAUGGCACGUAUAUGGGGUCGUACUAAUUGCAACUUCGAUGGUGCUGGUAGAGGUGGGUGCCAGACUGGUGAUUGUGGUGGAGUCCUAGAUUGCAAAGGAUGGGGUAAACCGCCAAACACCUUAGCUGAAUACGCUUUGAACCAGUUUGGUAACCUAGAUUUCUGGGAUAUUUCUGUAAUUGAUGGAUUUAACAUUCCUAUGUCUUUUGGACCAACUAAGCCUGGACCUGGAAAAUGUCAUGGAAUUCAAUGCACAGCCAAUAUAAACGGUGAAUGUCCUGGAUCACUUAGGGUACCUGGAGGAUGUAACAACCCAUGUACCACAUUCGGAGGACAACAAUACUGUUGUAAUCACGGUCCAUGUGGUCCUACUGAAUUGUCAAGAUUUUUCAAACAAAGAUGUCCUGAUGCCUAUAGUUACCCUCAAGACGAUCCAACAAGUACUUUUACUUGUCAGAGUUGGACUACGGACUACAAGAUUAUGUUCUGUCCUUAUGGCUCUACUCACAAUGAAACAACAAAUUUCCCAUUGGAGAUGCCUACAAGUAUUCUUGAAGUUGCUUAAUAAGUAGAUUCAUCAUGAGUGUAGCCACCUCUUUCUUGUUCAAUUUGGUUGAGUUUUGGUCAUUAGUUGUCUUUUAUAUUAUCCACAUUUCUUUUAGUUUGUUAUCUUGAGGUGGCUAAGAUUUGAAUAACAUAUUGUACUUU